AUAGUAUUAGAUAGACUCACUCCUAGCUAGACUGUCUGUUGAGAAAUUUAAUUUCCUGGUUGACUGAGAUUAAAAAUGUCUGAAAAUGCACCACCACCCUACCCUGGAAACCCUGAAGACAAAGGUAAUCAAGGGUAUCCACCCCCUGGAGGAUAUUACCCACCUCCACAGCAGCCUGGGUACCCACCAGGUGGCUACCCUCCCCCUCAAGGAGGCUACCCACCCCCUCAAGCAGGCUACCCGCCACCUGGAGGCUACCAGUCUUCUCAAGCCAACACGUCAACCAUAGUGGUAGCUCAGCCUACAGUAACUCUGGUUCAGACAUUCAAUGCUGUCCCAGUGCGCUGCUCUUGUCCUCACUGCAGGGCUGAUAUUGUGACGGCCACUCGCUACGAAACUGGGACAUUUACAUGGAUCAUCUGUGUCAUCCUCUGCGUUGUGGGCUGCUGGUUGGGUUGCUGUCUAAUACCUUUUUGUAUGGACGGCUGUCAGGAUGUCAUUCAUACCUGUCCUAACUGCCAACAGCAGGUUGCUCGAUGGAAUCGAAUGUAACCUGGGAAUAAUUUGCUUUCAAGUAUACCUUUCUGUUUUUUACUCUUAAGAACAUACGAUGAUGACUGAAAUAAUGAAAUAAAUUACAUUACAAGAUACAGAAGGUACAGAAACUUGCAACAUCUUGUCUCAAGUUGAAUUACAAUUUGUCUAACUGCUUUCAUAAAUUUUAAAAUUCUAAAAAAGUGUCUAGCUUACCAACAUUUUAUGAUUGCAAACGCAGUUAACUUAAAGAAUCUGUCAGUUUGUUUUUAAAUAAUGAGACUAUUCAGUUUUAACAUAUUUUUUAAAUGUGAUAGUUGAUUUUAUUUUUUAUACUAUAUUUUUUAUUUAUUUCUUUAUUCAAUGGCUGGUUAAUAGUCAGAAAUUGAGCAAUUUAAACAACUAUAAAAGCAGGAAAACAGGAUUUUAAAAAAUCAGCUUUUAAAAAAUUGGAAGCUUUUUUUUUUCUUUAAAUGAAAAGUGCUGAAAUAUGAUAGUUUUUUUCAUUAAUGUGAUCAAGAAGUUCCAAGUGUUUCUUUUUUUAAGUAGAAUCUUCUACCAUGUGAGGUUGGCUACUGCCCUCCCUCCCGACAUUUUUUUUCCUCAUUCUAAUGCAGGGGCUUUUUAGUUCAAGCCCCACCUGACUUUAGGCUUGUAAAACUAACUUCAUUGUAAUAUUUUAAUUGACUGUUUGAAUAAUUUCUAGGCUCAACCCCUUGUAAGUUGAAUUGUUAUUGUCAUAAAAUUUUAAAACAUUGAAUUAUUUUUAAUAGACAUUUGUGUCAGCAAGGUCUUCUUUUUUUAUAUUUUUAUUUAAAUGUAUUGUUUUUAAAUGAUUAAUAUUGUAAAUUGUUAUAUUUGUUGCAAAAAUUAUACUGAAUGUGAGUUUUUAUGUUCACAUUUUAAAAUGUAUUGUGCUGCUGAUAAUGCAACCUUUCAGUGGGACCAAACUGUUUUGAUAGCUUCUGGUGUAAUUUGUAAUGAAGCAAAAUUUUCUCAUCCACAUUGUUGAAGAUAAAAUGUUAAUCCCUUUCUUUUAAUUGGUUUGGUGCCUCAGCAUUUUAUGUGAACCUCAAGUGCUUCAAGCCUUUUUUUAUGAAUAGGUGUUUUUUUUUUAAGAUCAUAUAUUUUUAGCCUACUGACAUGUAGUUUUAAGAUUAAUAUGAAGUAUUUUACACAAGUUUUGAUUAAGUCACAACUGCUGUUUGUGUUUUUGGUAAUAUAUUUUGUAAUAAUGCUGUAUUUUUCAAUUAGUUCCAAGAAAUAAUUCAUUUGAAGAAUGUUAAAUUUCAUAACAUAUGGGGAAUUAACUCUUAGGAGCAAACAGUUCCUAAUAAAUCACAACUAGGGUGACUUUUAUGAAUAAAUAUAAGUAACAAUUAAUUUAAGUUUAAUCUUUUUCAGAAUAAUGUGUUUUUCUGAUGUUACAAUGGUAUAAUCUGCUAAAUAAUGCUAAACCUAAUAAUAAAGUAACUAUCAGUUGUGUAAAAAAAUAACAAGCUUUAAAUAUGCUACAUCUAUAAUAAGAAAAUAAAACAUAAUUUUCUUUUGCAUAAUUAAUAAUUCAUCUCUAAAUGUAUUGUAAAGGUAUUGAGCAACCACUGUUACUGUUGAAAUAGUUUGUUUUUUCAUGUCAACUAACCUGUUGUCUAAAUUUGUUAUUAAUUUGUUAUUUACUACUAACUGCUUGUUAUUUACCUAUGCUACAACUGUUGAUGUAUUGUACCUGGUUUUGUAGGGACACAUUUUUUACUAAUCACAAGUGUACAUAGAUUAAAUUGGAGUGGGGUUCUUUUAUAUUUGUUAACUUGUAUAGUACCCUUAAUUUAUAUAAACAGGUGGAGCUCUUUUUAUACAAAGUAACAAAACUACUGAAGUUUUCAAAGCUUAAAUUGUUUUAAGAGUAGGUUCUCAGAAUCUAAUUCCACAAAGGGAGUUUUUAUUUCCUAAUAUAAUUUUAUCAAUAUUUACUGCAUAAAAUUUGAAAAUGAUGGCAAAUUAUUUUACAAGUUACUGCUAAAUUACUUGAGACAUUUUUGCAAGACUAGGUAUUUGAAUAACAAAAUACGUUGAGUAAUAAUUACUGCUGAUGAAAUUUAGUUUUUUUAUUCUUAUAUAACAUUUACCCCUUUUCUUCAAUUAGACUUCUUUGAUAUAUGAUAGCAUGUUCUUUAAGUCUCCAAACUCUUUGAAGUGUCAAAUUUUUUAGAAAAUAACAAAUAUUUUUAAAAUGUAUUUCCUGUUGGAUUAUUGUUUUCUCUGAAAACAUGGUGAUUUAAUUGCUUUUUAUAUUUUGGUUGCGGGUAAACAAUUUGUAAUUAUAUUUUACCACCCUUUGAAUUUUAUUUUUAUAUACAUACAUUUACUAAUUGGACCAGUGUGGGGGGCUGUUUCUUUCUGAUUACAUUUUACAAGAUCGUUUUAUUUGUUUCAUUUUUCCAAAAUGUGCUUGCUAAUGUUAUGCUUUUUAAAAAGUAGUAUGCUAAUAUUUGACUGCUCUUAAUUUAAACUUCAAAGGCUAGUUUAUAAAAGUUUUUUUUAUAACCUGAUAAGUAUACAAAUCAGGUAAUUAAAGUAGUUUUUCGUGAUUUUAAUUUUUCUAAAUUUUAACAUAUGCAAGUUAUUUAUCUUUAUUAAGUGAUUUCAGCUGAACUUCAGAAUUUCUGUAGUAAAAGUUAUUUCAGUGUAUGUCUUGACAUUUGAUUACAUUCUAUAUACGCUUAAGCAAUAAUGUACAAUAAAGCUUUUUACCUUUUC